CCAAAGUGUCCUCGACGCACACAUAAUGAUACGAUCGUCUACAUCAAAGCUUCGUGAGAGGGUCUUGAAGCGGUAUGUCUGCUGGCAAUGUCUCUCCAAAUUUCAACAAUGGACAUCGAAUACUGCUGUUCGUCAAGCAAGCAACGCAACUCGUCCUUCGCGUUUAGAAGAUGCAAGAGUCAGAUUGGGUCAAAGGCAAUUCAAUGCUGGCCGAUCCGCUCGUGCAACUGUUGAAGCCCAAUCUGCGAAUGCUUUGCCUCAAGAACCACCUCUCUACCAAGCGAAUAUUCGAGAGAGAUUGAAGCAGUGGGAACUUGAAAACGCAGAAUCCGUGAACACAGAACUUCCGGAUAUAGUUGCUAGAAUGUCAGGCAACAACAUCGUCAAUCAGGCCAUUCGCCCUCAGAGUAGCGAAUUCUUCAUAGAUAUGGAUCCAGAAGAAUCAGUAGACGAAGAACAUAACCGAUAUAGCAUAAGGGCCAAUGAAAUGGACAUGGUUGAUGUUGGGCUUCGGCGUAAUUUCUUGCUACCUGGCGAUAUGGUAGAGGUUCUAUCCCUCGGCGGUCAACGUCGAGAACUGGCAAUUUUCAUUCAAGACUUCACCAAGCAAGCUCAAUUCUAUACCAUGAGCGGUCGUUGGCUUCACAAAACUGCAGAUAUCAUCAAAUUCUUCGUCCCCAAUUUUGUCAAGCCUGAAGAGCUUGAGGCGAUCAAGCCCUGGCUCCCAGAUGCCGACCUCAGCGAGGACAUGGUGGAUAAACUACAAUCUUUCGACCUCGUACAAGUACCCAGAAACUUUGGAAAGCCACUCGUUGAGAAAAUGAAAGCUUUUUGGGCAGAAGCUGAUCAAGCAUACCAAACUGCGGCAACGAAGAUGGACAAUGCCCAUAGCCUGGUUGCACACUCGAGCAAGUUCACUUAUGCCACUCUAGAACAAAUCGCCAACAAAAUCUUGAGUGACACAAUACCCAAGAUGGAAGAUGGCAAAUUUCCCUACCACGUACUAUAUUCCCUACACCGCAGUAUUCUACAAGACGAUAUUGGAUUUCGACCUACUCUCAAGCAAAUUAUGCGGGGCGAGAGCGAUUACGAGAUCAACUCACUGAGCGAGGUGACCGCUUUGAGACGAAUUACUGAGAAGAUUCGAGCAGAUCGCACGGCUCGAAUUGGCAGAAGACGAGGCUUCCUCGAGCUGCCCUCGACUGAACAUCUUAAUAAGUUCGUCAAGAAAGCUAGAGAAAUUAUCGAUGCUAGUCGCAAACUUCGAGAGUUCACCGAAUGUGGAGUUCUGGGGCCUUCGAAGAAGGAGAUCCCUGAAGGAUCUAACAUCAGGGUCGGAGAGGUCGUAGCAUCAUUCACUGACCGUGACAGGGACUUUAUAUACUUUCUAGAGUCCUGGGCGUGUCUCAAAAGCUUUAGCACGCACUCUCCCUUUAAUGGAAUAGGAUCCGGCAUCUUACGUGCUAUAGGUCGAUAUCAAAAUGUUCCUCUGAACAAAACUACUGCGUUCACAUGCCUGAUGGAAUUGGGGAUCAUACCACCAUGGGAAACUCAAGCGUCUUUUGAACUUCGACUGCCAUACACCAGCUCGAGAGUCAUAAAGCCAUCGGCUUAUACAUAUGGCACCAUCUCCGAUCAAAUGGGCUCAAUGCGAAGAGAUUGGGGCAAUCUUCAAGUUUAUUGUGUUGACGACGUCUCGGCAUGUGAGAUCGACGAUGGUUUUUCUGUGGAGACUACAGAUAAUCCUGAUGAAUUUUGGGUUCAUGUUCACAUAGCUGAUCCUGCUGCCCACCUCGAACCUGAAAGUCCCGCGGCCGAAUGGGCCUCGUCACUGACCAUGUCGGUAUAUCUGCCAGACCGCACAGUACCUAUGCUUCAUCCCGACUGGGUCAAGAGCAAAGUCAGUCUGGGUCCUAAUAAGCCCUGCUUAACGCACAGCGUUAAGCUCAACUUGGCAGGCGAAAUAUUAGAUAUCAACAUGACCCCGGGGCUGAUCAGGAACGUGGCCUAUUUGACUCCAGCUGUUUUACAUGAGGCUAUAUUUGAGGCUCCGCCUGUAAGGUCAAUACGCUACACUAUUGGUAAACACUCUUUUGAAGACACGCCUUCCAGGCCACUUUUGCAAACGCAUGAAUUGUCGGACGAACAGAAGAGAGACAUGAAGCUCCUCCACAAACUGAGUUUAGCUAAACAAGCAGUCAAGGAAAAGAAGGGCUCUUUGAGAUUUUUCACCACUCAGGUUGAUGCAUCGACUUCUUUCGGUGGUCCCUCUUGGACUAGGCCCAUUGGAUGGGGCGUUCGUUUUCACGGAGAUCCAUCCAUUCGACUCUCCAUUCCUCCUAUCAACGACCAAGGAAUUGACCUAACUCAGUCUGGCGGAGCAAUGGUUGUAUCUACCAUGAUGUUGCUAGCUGGAGAGGCAGCGGCGGAAUGGUGCCAUGCUCGAGGAAUUCCAGUUAUCUACCGUAUCUCACCAUACAAUCCUUCCAAGGAUGACCCUUUACAGUACUACAGCGACUAUGUGUUGCCAUCUAUGGACGAGGCUGGGUAUCCCAAGCUCGAAUAUGCCAUGCAGUACCUUAGACUUGUAGGUAAAACACAACCUUCUACCACGCCUGGGCCCCAUUUGGGUGUUGGUGUAAACAAGGUCAUGCAGUCCACGAGUCCGCUUCGGCGAUUCGGCGAUCUGGUAAACCAUUGGCAGAUUGAGGCCGCUUUGCGUGAAGAAGCACGAACGGGAACCUCGCUCGUUGGGAACACAAAGGAAGACUUCCUGCCUUAUAGCAAAGCUCAAAUUGAUGCCAUGUUGCCUCGCUUGGCAGAGCGAGAGAGGUUUAUCAAACAGGGUGAGGCCAAAGCGAAUCGAGAGUGGACCUUGAAAUAUCUGGUCCGAGUCUGGAAGUUCGGCGAGAGUAAAAUCGCGUCUCCUCUACUCUUCUACAUCAGAAGUGUCGAUCCUUUUUUGAGAAGAGCAGGAGGCGUUCUACCAUACUUACGUAUUGGUGGCAUCAUGCCGAUACCAGAAAGCAUGAGGGCAGAAGAACUGGACGUUGGCGAUGCGUUCGAGGUCGAAAUCGAGAGUAUCGACGUCUAUGAGAGGGUACUGAUACUCAAAUAUGUCAGGAAGGUCCCCAUUGCAGAGGUAGCCGAGAUAGAUGCAUCUCUUGCCUCGACCCUCAAAGCAAUAUCACCACAGUCGGAUCCGGUGUCACCUUCGACCGAAUGAUACUCUGAGCUACUAUGACUGACGAAAGUGUACAAUAUUGUAUCAUAGAUAUCUAUAACUGUACAGAACAAUGUAUAAAGGCAUACCUGCAC